AUGGACCUUAAAAAGACUAAGCCGAAACAAGUGAAGAGUACCGCUAAGAAGUUCCUUGCUUUAGAUGAAUUGUUCUCUGCUAUCGGUACUCACGCUGGGGGUGGGGGUCAGUCGUCUUGCCCAGGAGGACAUGGUGGCAAUGGAGGAAGUGCGGGGAAAUGGCCUCCUAAACAAGCUCCCCACUGUUACGACAAGUCAGCAUCAGGUGGUAACGCGGGCUCAUCUAGCUCUGGAGGUGGAGGAGGUGAUUCUUGUGGCAAUCAUUACGGUGGAGGUGGUGGAGGAGGCGGACUCCAAUUUGGCCAUACCAACUUCAAGACUCACCUGAGUUACGGAGGGGGAGGUGGAGGGGGAGGAGCAAGUGCGUUCAGAGAUGACCCCAACCCUGGAGGGAAAGGUGGAAGUGGAGGAGGACUGGUGUAUUUACAGGUUGGGAAACUUGUACUACAAGGGACCAUCAGUGUUAAAGGAAACUCUGGACAAUGUCUCAACCGGAAACGUCACAGAUCAGCCCCUGGGGGAAGUGGCGCUGGGGGCAGUGUUGUCAUCUUUACCAAGAAACUCAUCGGAGAUCCGAAGAGUAAAAUUUCCGUUUCCGGAGGGGAUGCUGUAAAAUGUGCCUUUGGAACUGGCGGUGGUAAGCAAACAAAGUCCUUUGCUAACCAUGCCGUGGAGGUGGUGGUAUCGGACGCUGGGUUGUACAGGAAGGUCAAUCCACCCAUCACAGCUAAAUCUGUCAUGGACUUUAAAAGAACGAAGCCGAAACAAGUGAACAGCUAA